AUGACUGUAGACGAAACAUCAAUAGAAUUUCAAGAAAAAAGCCGUUCAAUACGAAUUCGUGAAAAUAAUCGUCUUUGUGAAAAAAGAGAUUAUGAAACAUAUGGUUAUAUUAGAGGAAAUCAAUCUUACUCUAAUGGUAUUCAUCAUAUUAGAAUGAAAUUUGAAAAAAUUGAAGACAUGAAUAAUGUUAAAUGGUCUCCAUGGAUAUUUAUUGGAAUAUGUUCAGCAAAGGAUAAAUCCGCAUAUGGUGAUGUUCGAUAUCAUAAAUUACGUUCAGCUUGUGGUUGGUCAACAAAUGGAGAUGUUUGGAUAAAUGGAGUGGGAAAAAGGAUUCAAUGGCCAGCAACUCCUAUUGAAAAUGAUAUUAUUCAAUUAAUUAUUAAUUGUGAUGAAGCAAGUUUAACUUUAUUAAAUGAAAGAACACAUGAAAAAACAAAACCUAUUCAAAUUGAUUAUCAAGCUAAAACACUAUUUCCUUGGUGUUUUUAUCUUGUUUUGGGUAAUCAAGGAUAUAGAGUACGUUUAUUGUAA